AUGGGGUUUAAUAAAAUUGAUAUAUUUGGUAGUAAUGUUUCUAUAAAAUUUUAAGGAUUAGAUGCUCAUCAGACCAGAGUUGGGGCUUGUUUUACUGUUCUUGUGUUCACACUAGUUUUUUUGAGGCUGAUUAUUUUGGUUAAUAAUUCUGUAAAUGGAUAUAAUCCAACGGUUUUAUACCAAGAGAGAUUUGUUUAAGAUCCUAAAAUGUUUGAAAUAACACCUAAUUCUUUGUCACUAGCCUUAGGACUUUUAGAUAUGAAUUUUAAUUAUUACAUUGAUGAGACUAUAUUCAAUAUUUAAGGAGUUCACAUUAUAAAAUAAAAUGUUUGGAAUAACUCAACAAAUUAAUACGAAUAAAUAUUAAGCUAAAAAGUGUUUAAUUUGGUUAAUUGUACUGAUGAACACAUUCCUGAUCCAUAGUUAAGAGAUUUCUUCCUUUAAUCUAACUUAUAUAUGCAUUAAUGUAUUCCUUUGGACUUAUCACUACAAAUUUAAGGAUAAUUUAAUUCAGAAGUCUACUAAGAGCUAAAUUUUUAUUUUAAAAAAUGCAGUGGUUUAAAAUGCAAAAAUGAUUCAGAUAUAAAUAAGCUUUUGAGCAGUAAUAAUGUGGAGCUAGUGUUUACAGAUAUAUUUUUUUCUCCUUAAAAUAAAGAGAAUCCUUUUACAAAAUUUUCUAGAGACUUGUACUGGGUUACAAGUCAAAAUUUACCUCGUUUUGUAAAUGUAUUUAUGAGAAAUAAUUAUGUAGAGACUGACGUUGGAUGGAUUACAUAGAAUCUAAUGACAAAUAUUUAUCCAUCUUACAGUUAUGAUGAUGUUCAGGUAUUAUUUAGAUUAGCAUUUAUUUUUUUAUUAAUUUAAAAUAAUAUUUGA